AUGGGCAAUGAUAUCUCACAAAUCCCUUCUGCCAUCCGCAACACUAUGAGUCAUCUCACCUCUCGGCACAUGGAGGUCGGUCAGUGGCAGGCCCACAUAUCACAGAGGAUCAGCCAAGUGGACCUAGAAAUCGCUGCAGUGGAGCAGGUGAAAGACGUGGUCGAAGGCUGUCUCCAGGAUAAGCAUCUCUACAGUCAGCUCUUGAGCGACUGCGUGGAAAUGGGCAGCACGCUGAGCUCAGCCUGUCUGAGACAGGACCAGGCCAUCACUGAGCUGAAGAAAGAGGAGCAGCUGACUAAAGAGAGCACAGAUCUGCUGCAGAAUCAGAUCAGUGUCCUGCUUGGGAAUCUCAGCUCUUUGAAGGAGAUCCGCGCUCAGCUGCAGGACGAUUUGCAGGACAAGGGCAAUGCCAUGAAGCUCCUCAACAGAUGCAUCACCUGUGAGGUCAGCACCUCCUGCUCCCAGCUGCCUGCUGCUCAUUACAAACUCAACCAUGCGAGCCAUGACAAAUCUCACAGUAAAAACCUGAAGCUGAAGGCUGAUAAUCUCCUUUUGGACUCUAUGUCCUUCAGAGGCAUCCUGCAGUUCUCUCUGGCCAAGAUCAAAAAUUCCCAAGAGCACCAGCGGCGGAGCACCGAGUACUCACUCAGGAGGAAAAUCCAUCAGCUGAACAAAGUCAAGGAAAUGCUGACGUGGGAGAAGCACUGGAUCAUCAAGGAGAUUGCUGAUCUGACAAAACAUGUGCAGAAACUGGAAAGUCAGAUUAGAAACUGUGAGUGCAAGCUGCAUCAGACCACGCACCGCUUGGACAUCCUCAGCCUGAGACGUGAUCUCUGCCUGGGCCAGCCUCACAUCAGCCUCACACAGCAGAAACAAGACCUAGCAAACCUUUUAGCAGGUUUGCGCUCGAUGCUGAGCUGCUCUCAGCAGGAAGUGGAGCGCACACACAGACGCCUGGCGAGUCUGGAGGACAAACUGGUCAAGAAGGCUCAGCACCUGGAGGUGACACAGAGCUGCCAGAACCUUCAUCAGAGUUCCCUGCCUGCUUUCAACAGAGCUGUGGUUCUGGCUAACAAGCCCAUGUUCCCUCCGGUGAAGGGAGGCACUCAGACCUACCUGCAGUAA